AUGACCAUGCACCCACGUCCUCAACUCUCCCCAAACUACCCGAUCGCUCCUCCCACCAUCCCUCCCGAAUCACCGUCGCGCCAGCACCACGAGCAGCCCGCGUGCCGCCGCCGUCUACUACUUCCCGCAAGGCCACGCCGAGCAGGCCACGGCCGCCGUCGACCUGUCCGCCGUGCGCGUCCCCGCGCUCCUGCCCUACCGCAUCUCCGUCGUGCGCUUCAUGGCGGACGCGCACAGCGACGAGGUCUUCGCCAAGAUCCGCCUCGUCCCGAUCCGCCAUGGAUGAGGUCUUCGCCAAGAUCCGCCUCGUCCGAUCCGCCACGGCGACCCCGCAGUCGACGUGGGCGCCGCCGUCGCCUAAGGGAGGGCGAACCACUCCUCUCGCGCAGCCGCUCGCCGCCGCACACGCCCCCGCGCCGCUCGCGCCCGUCCCCGCCGCCACCCCCGCACCGCCAUCGCGCCCUCUCCCUUCCAGCCGGCCCUCCCCCUCCCCGCCGGCCCUCCGCGAGUGGGCAACCACUGCCGCCCCCUGCGCUGCCCAACCCCGCCGACAGACCCGAGCCAGUAGAACUGGGGCACGAUGUCGCUGUGCAGCCAGUUCAGAAAUGUGAGGGAAUACUGACAGUUCAGAAAACUCAGUUCGUCAGUUUCGUCAAAGUUUCAGCUAGCUCUGCAACACAUGGAAAUAAAUCGUUUGGCCUGAUUUCUGCUACUGAUGCUCUGCUGGCUUCAAUCAAGAAAGUGUCUCAAACAGACAGGAGUCUAGGUGUAGCUGGCUUUGUUGUUGCUGUAGAAGAUAGUUACCCAGGGACAAAGUUUGAUCCUGUGCCUGUCAAUAUUCUUGGGAUUCUCAUCACAGAUGUCAGCAAAACAAAGGAUCUGAUAGACUACUACAACUCUUCUACAACAAGAGACUGGGCUGGACGGACUACAACGUUCCAAGCAACAGUCGGUAUCGCAGAUGGUUUGGCACCAACAUUGUUCAAUUCAGCUCCCCAGGUCGCGUUGUUCUCUUCCCGAGGGCCUGAUGUAAAAGAUUUUAGCUUUCAAGAUGCUGAUGUUCGCUGA